AAUAAAAAUCAAUUCAACAUAAAUAACUAAACCAACAAUUAACAAAUUUGUUCCAAACAUAAACAAAGAUUAAUCCAAGCUAAACUAAAACAUAAACAAAAAUUAAUCCAACAAUGGAGGGGAAGUGAAAAUGAAAAUUGAGAAAUGAAUUAGGGUUAAGGUUAAAUGUAAGUAGGGGAAUGUAUUGGGUUAAUUUUUAUGGAUUGGGUUGGGUUGGGUUGGGUUGGGUUGGGUUAAAUUUAAUUUUGAUUGAAUUGAGUUUGAACUUGAGUUUGGGUUUGUGUUUGGCUUUGGCUUUGGGUUUGAGUUUGAAAUAUGAAUUAAAUUUAAAAUAAAAUUAAUUUAUAUUUAUUUUAAUUUUUGCUUGCGAAAUUUCACGGGGAGAAAGUACUCCCCAUCCCCGCCUUGCGAGGAAGAAUAUUCCUCCCCACUCCGUUCCCGUGACGGAGAUCCCUGCGGAGCCCCGCGAAGAUCGAGGAAAAUUGCCAUCCCUACUGAUUGAGAAGAUAGCCUUUGAAGUCAUUGUGGUUGAUGGAAAGUUCUUAUUCAAGCAAACAGGGAAGCUCCUUCACACCACUGGCAAUGCUAAGUGGAUAUUUGUUCUUAGCACAUCAAAGGCCUUGUAUGUUGGCCAGAAGAAGAAAGGCACAUUUCAACACUCGCGCUUCCUGGCUGGAGAAGCCAAAAUUGCUGCUGGAAGAUUAGUUGUCGAAGAUGGAGUCCUAAAAGUAUUGUCAUUAACAUAGUAGCUGCCAAAAUACAUCUCACUCGCUUGGUUUAAUGCUUUAGGGCUUUUUUGUGUCGAAAAAGUUUCCUACUGAUGUUUUUUUCUUUUUUUUUUUUUUGGGGUACUUUCACCGGGCAGUUUGGCCUCACAGUGGUAACUAUCAACCUACACCAGAAAAUUUCAAGGACUUCAUUUCAUUUCUUGAAGAGAACAACGUGGAUCUUACCGAUGUUAAGAUGAGCUGAGCUGAUGAGGAAGAAGCCUCAAGUAGAAACCAAAGAAGCAGCAAACAUCUGAGAUGCAGCUCGUCUGAAAAGGACUUGGAUCAAACACCGAAAAGCUUAGAUACUGAAGCGAUCAUUGUCAAAGACCUGGUCCAAGGGGAAACUGUUUCAGUAGAAGAAACUACUGUAGCACUUGAACGUCCCAAAUCAAGAAGGUGACGUAACCUUAGUGGGGAUUUGACUUACCUUGAAAUACCACAGAGGGAUGAAUGGUUUGGAAGUUUACAAAAUGACCAUUUGGCUCUUGGGCAAAGUUGUAAUGAUAAUUCAAUGGACUCUCUAGUGGAAGAUAGUCAUAGAACAUACAAGGAAGCAUUUGCUACUCAACUGUAGAUGGUUGAUGAUGAUUGUGAGGAUAACGAGCACAUUGAUCAGGAAUCGAUACUGCAAAGGAUCAACUCCAAAAAGGAGGCAAAUUCAUAUCAAUUGGGGAAACAACUGUCUUGUAAAUGGACAACAGGAGCAGGACCACGAAUUGGCUGUGUGAGGGAUUAUCCCUCAGAGCUCCAGUCCCAGGCGUUGGAGCAAGUGAACUUGUCUCCCAAAAGUGCAAGCCACUUAAAACCAUACUCCUCUCCCCGCUAUCCUAGCUGCUUGAGUCCAAAGGUAUCUUCUCCAUUACGUUUUGGUAAGGAAAUGACAGGCUCAUCUAUGCCCAAGAAAUUGCAAAGAAGCAUUCCUUACAGAACAGUCCUCCCCAUUGUUGAAAAAAGCACUGAUAGGAGCAAUCAAUAGUGUAUCAUAACUAACACAUUCCAGAUUAGUUCAUUCUUUUCUGUGAAUAUAAAAGAUGAUACAGGAAUUCUUUUCAUUCUAUGGCAUCCAGGAUCAUGUAUAGGCCUUUUUUUUGCUUUCGUUCACUUUGUACCAUAUAGAUGAGAUAUGUAAGAUUUUGGGUUUAAAUGCCCUUUGAUACAAAAGAAAAUGUUCAUUUUUCC